GGGAGCCGCCGAGGUGCAGGUCGGAGAGGCCAAGCUACGCUGUGCCCUGAGCUUGAGCAGCUGCGGCGACGGCGGCGGCGGCGGCGGCGGCAACAUCCAGCGGUGGUGCCAGCAGUUCCUGCCUAUUGCUUUACUUUUUUUUGCUGCAAGAACAUAGUCAUUAUGCCGAAGAGAAAGUCUCCAGAGAAUACAGAGGGCAAAGAUGGAUCCAAAGUAACUAAACAGGAGCCCACCAGGAGGUCUGCCAGAUUGUCAGCGAAACCUGCUCUACCAAAACCUGAACCUAAACCAAGAAAAACAUCUGCUAAGAAAGAACCUGGAACAAAGACUAACAAAGGUGCUAAAGGGAAGAAGGAGGAAAAGCAGGAAGCUGGAAAGGAAGGUACUACACCAUCUGAAAAUGGUGAAACUAAAGCUGACGAGAUCCAAACCUCUCGUUCAACUGUUAAUGUCUCAGCUUCCAGAGGCACAGAAAACUGAAACUGUAGAUAACGAGGGAGAAUGAAUUAUCAUGAAAAAUUGAGGUUGAUUUUAUGUACCUCUUGGGACAACUUUUAAAAGCUAUUUUUACCAAGUAUUUUGUAAAUGCUAAUUUUUUUAGGACUCUACUAGUUGGCAUUCAAAAUUAUAUAAGAAUGGAUAUUUUACCUUCUCAUAGUUAUGCCUUUUGGAAGUUUCCAUCAUCUUCAAGUAAAAUAAAUAACAAUUUAGUAUUGGACGCUGUGUGUAAAAUGGAUUCAGCAUUUCAUGCACUUGCUUUAAAAAUUUAGUCCUGUGCAUACUGUGGUGUUUUUACUGUGCAUAUAUGAAUUUUUCACGCAGUUUUUCUAGAGCAAUAAUCAGUGGUGCUUUUGUACCUAGGUUUUAUGUGAUUUUAAUGAAACAUGGAUAGUUGUGGCCACCUGCUGACUAUUUGUGGUUUAAAAUAAAAGGUUUUCUUGCCU